AUGUUCUCCCUUUUUGCUCCAACAAUUAUAGAUGUGCGUCUUAUUGGUUCGUUUUCUCAAUGGAAAGAAAUCUUAAUGAAUCGUCAAGAUGAUGGUACUUUUAUCUGUUCACCAAAUAUUUCUGAUGGACAACAUGAAUAUAAAUUUCGAAUAAAACGAAAAAAAGAAGAUGAUCAAUGGAUUGAUAUUAUUGAUCCUUAUGUUACUAAAUAUGAUCCAGAACAAAAUACUGGUAUUAUGUGGGUAAAAGAAGGAAAACGUUUGUUAAAUGAUGCAAUUGACUACAAAUGGAAAUAUGAUCUUAUAAAAAUGCCUGAAAAUAAUAAUUUAAUCAUCUAUGAAAUAUAUGUAGCUGAUUUUUCAGAUAACGAACAAUUUACAGGUGUAAUAGAUCGACUUGAUUAUUUAAAAGAUCUCGGAAUCAAUGCUAUUUUAUUAAUGCCUAUUGUAGAAUCAUUAGGUUUAUCUCAUGAUUGGGGUUAUGUACCUCGAAAUUUUUUUUCUCUUAAAUCAACUUUUGGAACUUGUACUGAUUUUAAAAAUCUUGUUGAUCAAUGUCAUCGACGUAAUAUUCGUAUUUUAUUUGAUGGUGUAUUUAAUCAUACAAGUGGUGAUUGUCCACUUGCUAUUAUUGAUCAAGAUUAUUGGUAUUAUAUAGGAAAACAUAAUCCAGAUGAUCCUUAUUAUUGGGGACCAGAAUUGAAUUAUGAGUUUUAUGAUAAAAUACGAAAUAUUAAACCAGCUGUUCGUUAUAUUAGUGAUGUUGUCAAAUAUUGGAUUGGAGAAUUUCAUUUAGAUGGUCUAAGAUUUGACGCAGCAAAACAAAUGGAUAAUUAUGAUAUCUUACAUGAAUUAGAUCAAGUUGCUCGUAAUGCUGCUCGACCUGGACAACCGUUUACUACACAAGCAGAACAUAUGCCUGAAACUUUGAAUAUUAUUAAAGAAAAUGGUGGUCCAACAGAUACAUGUUGGUCUUUAUCAUUUAUGAAUAAUAUAGAUGAAGCUUUAGCAGAUAAAUUCGAUUUAGAUAAAAUGAAAUAUAUCAUUGGAACACCAAAUCUUAUUAAUUAUACUGCUUGUCAUGAUAAUAAACGUUUAUUAGCACGACUAAAUGAAAGAUUAUCGGGUUUUGAUGAUGAAAUAUUUCGACGAAUGAAAUUAGCAGUAAUUAUUUUAACAACAUCGGCAGGUAUACCAUUAAUCUGGCAAGGUGAUGAAAUAGGUGAAGCAACAUCCGUGGAUGAAACUGAUGAGAAUAAAACGAAAAUCAAACGACCAAUGCAUUGGAAUUUACUUAAAAAUAAACGAAACCGAAAUCUUUUCAAUACAUUCAAAUAUUUAUUCGCAUUUCGUCAUAAGACUGAUAGUCUACGUAAUGGUGAAGUUGAUUUUUGUUAUGAAAAUACUGAUGAUCAGGUUCUCGUCUAUCGUCGAGGUGUAAAUAUUAUCAUUCUCUGUUAUUUUUCAAAUGAAAAACGAUUAAAUUAUACUAUUGAAAAUAUAUCUACAAAAGCUAAUACAAUAUGGAUUGAUAUUUUAACUAAUGAAUAUUUUAUAGUCAACGAUCGCAAUACUUUAGUUUUAACUCUCAAUUCAUAUGACGGACGAAUAUUACUACAGACAAAUAAACGUAAUUUUCGUUUCUGUCUUCCUGUUCCAUGUUUUCACGAUUAA